AUGCUGCUGACCAAAGCUACAAUCCUGACGCUGAGUUUAUUCUCUGGACUCUCGUCAGCCCAGCCUUCUACACCACCUUCGGAUACCGAUAGCCCCAGCCCAUUGAUCGACGGGCAGUCCUGGCCUCAUCGGUGGUUCUCCUAUAACCUCGACGACAGCGAGAACUUUGACCUAGCCACGUUCGAUACAGCUAAUGACGCCGACAUCCCUACUACCAACAUACCCACUCCCACCAACGGGACUUUGGUCACCCGUACCAACGUGAAAGCCUGCGAGAACAGCAUCGCACACAGGUUUUCCUGCUCGUCCAUCAGCAUCGCUGCCAUGUUCGCGGCGCAGCUGGCGGGACAGAUUUACACCGCAUCUCGCCAGCAUGACUGCGGCACUCACUCGGGCACCAUUGAUGGCUGGCGCUGGGAGUACCACGCCACCGGCCGUCACUGCGACACCACCGCCCAGCAGAAGACCAUCGAGGGCGCCAUAUACAAGUACCUGAAGGAAGUCGAGCGCAACAAGGUCUGUGGUACCAUGUGCGUGGAACUGACCCACGGGGGCACCUGGAAGGGUUACUUGAAGUUCGGGAAGGCUGAAAACUUUGAAGCAUCCGCGUACUGUGGGGGAAAGCUAGGGUUUAGCAAUUGUGCGUCUGGCGGGAAGAAUGAUGCUCCUUGA